GCCAUCAGCUUCUUCUCGUCUUCCAUCCGUCAGAGCUCCACGGAUAUCAUAUUCUAGCGCGUUACUUUAUUGGCGACACUCUUUGUGGCGAGUGGGAGAAUAAUACGCCAUUGUCAUGGCAGAGGACGAGGCGGAGAAGGCCUUCUUUCAGGCUCAGGCAAUGAAUGCAGGUUCUGGGGAGUAUAAUGCGACUGAGGUACAAGGUGCAGAUAGUUCAGAUUCAGAUGAUUAUGAUCCUUCAAAAACACUGCAAGAUGAAUAUUCUGCUUCUUUGACAAACUCCAAGCCAAGUGAAAAUAUUUCUCCAAUUCCUGCGCCGUCGGAUCCAAGCCCUUCCAAUCAAACGUCCUUUCUCUCAGAAACUGGUCCUAGUCAACAGGCAAGUGGUGCCUACACGUCCCAGAUAUCCCCGCAGGCUGAAUCUCAAGCGUCCGCCUCUGUGCCUCCAUCCGGUGCUCCUAUGCAGUCGAAGACUAGAACUAUAGGAGGUUUUGUGGUCGAGGAUGAGGAUGAGGAUGACCAGAGAGAUGCGGACUAUGAACCGCCAGCUGUACUUGGCGUCGAGGACAUGAAUACUACUGCUGUGAACCUGCCUCAGACCUUUUCAGGAAAUGCAAAUCAAUCUACUUCUACCCCUGAUGUAUCACUCCAGGAUGCUGAGCAGAACCCUGUCAGCUCCCAAAAUGUUCCCAAUAGCUCAUAUUCUGUUGCUGCUGUCUCUAAGAAUGAUGUGUCUUCUCUCCCUGGCCAAGUUUCGUACAACUCACCGGCGUUACAGUCUGGAAAUGUCCCCGGCAGCCCUGCAUCUACUCCUGCCUCUGCUCCGCCUUCUGCUUCCAGAGGCCGAUUGCCCCACGACCGGGUUGGUAUCUUGGAAGAUAGAAUCCAAGAAGACCCUCGGGGUGACAUCCCCGCCUGGCUCGAGCUUAUUAGCGAACACAGGAGUCGCAAUAGGAUCGAUAGUGCUCGUGAUGUCUAUGAGAGAUUUCUCAAGGUGUUCCCUUCAGCUGCCGAACAGUGGGUCGCAUACGCGAAUAUGGAGUCCGAAAAUAACGAACUAUUUCGUCUUGAGCAAAUAUUUAACAGAACUCUUCUGUCUAUUCCUAAUGUCCAACUGUGGUCCGUGUAUCUCGACUAUGUCCGUCGCCGUAACCCGUUAACGACAGACACGACUGGACAAGCAAGGAGGAUUAUUUCAUCUGCCUAUGAUUUGGCCCUUCAAUAUAUAGGGAUUGACAAAGAUUCCGGUUCGAUCUGGUCGGAUUAUAUCCAAUUCAUACGUUCUGGUCCGGGUAAUGUGGGAGGUUCUGGUUGGCAAGACCAACAGAAAAUGGACUUACUGCGGAAAGCCUACCAGAGAGCUAUAAAUGUUCCUACUCAAGUGGUUAAUACAAUGUGGAAAGAGUAUGAUCAAUUUGAGAUGGGUUUGAAUAAACUUACGGGCCGAAAAUUCCUUCAAGAGCAAUCUCCAGCAUAUAUGACGGCUCGAAGCUCAUUCACAGAAUUGCAGAAUAUCACGAGAGAUUUAAGUCGCACAACGCUUCCGCGGCUACCCCCAGUCCCAGGUUCUGAAGGUGACGUUGAAUUCAGCCAGCAGGUUGACAUUUGGAAACGGUGGAUUGCGUGGGAGAAGGGGGACCCGUUGGUCUUGAAAGAAGAUGAUCCGACUGCGUUCAAAGCCCGCGUGGUAUACGUUUACAAGCAGGCGCUUAUGGCUCUAAGGUUCCUUCCGGAGAUAUGGUUUGAGGCGGCUGAAUUCUGUUUCCAGAAUGACAUGGAGACUGAAGGGAACGAAUUUCUGAAACAAGGAAUAGAUGCUAAUCCAGAAAGUUGCCUACUUGCAUUCAAGCGUGCUGACAGACUGGAAAUUUCCUCCGAGUCUGAACAAGACCCCAUAAAGCGAGGCUCUAAGGUCAGGGAGCCCUAUGACCGGCUGCUUGAUGCAUUGUAUGACCUGAUUGCAAAAGCUCGCACUCGCGAAUCUCAGGAUGUGGCACGUAUCGAGGAGACUUUUGCCAGCAUGAACCCGGAUAAGCAGACAUUGCAGGAACAGGAGGAGGAUGACGAUCAAAGCGGAUCGAAGGCGAAAGAAUCCAUCAAGAAUGCUCAGAUUCAAGCGGUUCGAAAUGCCCAUGCUAUACAGAUCGGGAUUCUUUCCAAGACCAUAUCCUUUGCUUGGAUUGCUCUCAUGCGUGCUAUGCGACGCAUACAGGGGAAAGGCAAGCCUGGGGAGAUGCCCGGCUCAAGGCAAAUAUUCGCAGACGCCCGUAAGAGGGGCCGUAUUACCAGCGACGUCUACAUUGCCAGUGCUCUGAUCGAAUAUCAUUGUUAUAAAGACCCUGCUGCUACCAAGAUCUUUGAGCGCGGAGCGAAACUAUUUCCAGACGACGAGAAUUUCGCACUUGAAUACUUGAAGCAUUUGAUUGACAUCAAUGACAUAACCAACGCAAGAGCAGUAUUUGAAAUGACUGUCAGAAAAUUGGCGUCUAAUCCAAACAACGUCCAUAGAGCCAAGCCCAUUUUUGCGUUCCUCCACGAAUAUGAAUCCCGUUACGGUGACCUGGUGCAGGUGAUAAGCCUCGAAAACCGUAUGCGUGAACUAUUCCCGGAGAAUCCGACACUGGAACAGUUCUCGCAUCGAUAUUCUGCGCCAUCCUUCGACCCGACUGCCGUGCGACCAAUCCUUUCUCCCUCCCAGACACGACCCAAAAUGGCAUUCCCCAGGGAGCCGUCUGAAUCACGCCAUGAUAGCCCCGGUCCAAGGUAUUUGGAUACGUCUUCGACAAACUCUCCAAAGAGGGCCUUGGAAGAGUUCGACGACGAUGUUGGUCGGCCGCGCAAGUUCGUCCGAGCGGAAUCACCGCUGAAGACUGUUCAGGCGCGUCGGUUGGAACAACAGAAACGUUCUCAGCUAGCGAAUGGGAGCCAGGCUGGGGCUCAGUUGAAGCCUCAGGGCUCAUCUGCACCACUUCCUCGUGAUAUCGUACAAUUGCUAAGCAUCAUUCCCCCGGCAUCUGCGUACAACGCGGGCAGGUUCUCUCCCGAGAAACUGGUCGAUCUUAUACGCAGGAUAGAGAUACCAUCUUCUGUCUCGCAAAUUCCACUGCCACAGCCAAUGGGUGGAUUAGGGACAGGCCAAGCUUCGAUUAUAGGGAUGCCGACAUACAGUGGUGUCUAUCGUUCGGGUCCUUGAUCUAAUAUUCUAACCUUGCUAUUUACAUCAUGCUUAAACACUUCGAAGUCAUUGCUGCACAGGAUUUAUAUUACCGGUUAAACACGUGGUCUUCUGGAAGCGUUUUCGGUCGGUUAGAAUGGUUCAAAGAUGUAUAGUCGCUUGCAUUUCACGGAAUGGCGUUCUGAUUAGGCAUGAUAAUUCGGCCAUGAAAAUUGAUAGCAACGAAGGAUCUUUUUGCUUGGAUAUUUUCCCUGUGGAACGUUGAGAUAUCUUAUGUCAUGGGAAUGUAACACUUUUACAGCACGCCGAGCCAGGAUAGACGUGGUAGUGACCCCAGGUCAGCCGACAGCUAUCAAGCUCUGUUUGGUAUGGUUGCUGCCUCUCAUUUAUCCCAGGCUGUCCUUUUCAAUUGACUGUUCCUUUUUGCCG